AUGGGGAAGCUCGCUCAUUUUGAACUCGCAGACUGGGUUGAAAGCCAAAGUCCAAAGGCGUCUCUUGCUCUAGCAGGAAGUGCAACCCCUGGAUUAUCUAUCAGCGACCUCAUCUCACUCUCGAGCGAUGCAGACGCCACCAAAGAUGCCCUCAGCAUCGCCAACCUACAGUUGACGCUAGGAUCUGACGUAGGAAGCCCGGCUCUUCGCAGUGCGAUAGCAGCGCUUUAUCAGGGUGAUGGGCAGGAAAUCACACAUGAAAAUGUCAUCACUGCCAAUGGCACUACCGGAGCCAAUUUGAAUGUGCUUUACAGCCUCCUCCACGCAUACGACCAUGUCAUAUGUGCGUAUCCGAUAUACACCCAGCUACUCAAUCUUCCGCGAGCCCAGGGAUGCGAAGUCUCACUCUGGCGGCUCAAAAAGGAUGACCAAUGGUCGUUGAGCAUCAAAGACCUGGAAGGCCUGAUCAAGUCAAACACCAAAGCUCUGAUCAUCAAUAGUCCCAAUAACCCAACAGGCUCGCAUCUGGACAGGCAGAAGCAGUUGGAAAUUCUGGAUGUUGCCAGUCGCCACAACAUCAUUGUCGUUGCAGACGAAAUAUUCCGGCCACUGUUUCAUGGGCUUCCAGGCCAGGACACACCUCCACCAGCACCAUCUUUUGUUAAACACGACUACAAGAGAGUGGUUGUGACCGGGUCGCUAAGCAAAGCCUGGGGCUUGACAGGAGCAAGAAUGGGAUGGAUUGUUUCCCGCGAUCAGUCCCUCCUUCGCGAAUUCACCAACACACGCAUGUAUACGUCCGAAGCACCUGGCACGAUCGACGAGGUCAUCGCCACCGAAGCAUUGAGCGAUAGAUGCAGACCGAGCAUUAUUCAACGCCACCUCAGCUACGCCAAAGAAAAUCUCGCCUCACUCGAUGCAUUCGUGGCGAAGAACAAGGACCGUUGCCAAUGGACAAGACCAACGGCCGGAGCCACAGCGUUCGUGCAGUUCUUGUCCAGCACUGGUGACCCUGCGGACGAUGUCGAGUUCUGUAAUGCCCUGCUAGACACGAAAGGUGUUCUACUCAGCCCCGGGAGUCUUUGCUUCGCGGAUAAGGGAGAUAUGGGGUUCAAAGGCUUUGUGCGUGUUCAUUUCACUGUGCCUCCGGCAAAGAUGAAGGAGAGUUUGGAAAAGAUUGAUGACUUUCUCAAGUCGACUCGUUGA